UCUUCCGCCUUCCGAGCCCGCCUUCUCGCCACGCACCUGCGUCAGCGCGAUCUGCGCGUGCGCCGGUGGCGGGGCUCUGGGGAGAAUGGCGGCGUCUUCGAGUGGUGAGAAGGAGAAGGAGCGGCUGGGAGGCGGUUUGGGAGUGGCGGGUGGUAACAGCACACGAGAGCGGCUGCUGUCUGCGCUUGAGGAUUUGGAGGUCCUGUCUAGGGAACUUAUAGAAAUGCUGGCAAUUUCAAGAAACCAAAAGUUGUUACAGGCUGGAGAGGAAAACCAGGUCCUGGAGUUGUUAAUUCACCGAGAUGGGGAAUUUCAAGAACUAAUGAAAUUGGCACUUAAUCAGGGAAAAAUUCAUCAUGAAAUGCAAGUUUUAGAAAAAGAAGUAGAAAAGAGAGACAGUGAUAUUCAGCAGCUACAAAAACAGCUAAAGGAAGCAGAACAAAUACUGGCAACAGCUGUUUACCAAGCAAAGGAGAAACUCAAGUCAAUAGAAAAAGCAAGAAAAGGUGCUAUCUCCUCUGAAGAAAUAAUUAAGUAUGCCCAUAGGAUCAGUGCAAGUAAUGCUGUAUGUGCUCCACUGACCUGGGUUCCAGGGGACCCCCGGAGACCCUACCCAACUGAUUUGGAGAUGAGAAGUGGGUUACUGGGUCAGAUGAACAAUCCUUCCACUAAUGGCGUGAAUGGCCAUUUACCAGGAGAUGCACUUGCAGCGGGAAGAUUGCCAGAUGUCCUUGCUCCACAGUAUCCAUGGCAGUCAAAUGACAUGUCGAUGAAUAUGUUACCACCAAAUCAUAGUAGUGACUUUUUGUUGGAACCUCCUGGGCAUAAUAAAGAAAAUGAAGAUGAUGUAGAGAUUAUGUCAACGGACUCCUCAAGCAGUAGUAGUGAGUCUGAUUGAAAAACCGUAAAAGACAAUAUACAGAAUUGAAUACUGUAGAAUUCUGUUUCUUUAACAGUAGCAGGGAAAUGUAAACUACAGGUGACAAAAAAUAAUCAGGUAAACACUGGCUUUGGUAGAAUUGUGCAGUCAUUAAAAGUCAAAAUGAACUUUCUUUUUAAAGCCAAAGAUUAUAGUUUUAGUUUUAAGCCACUAGUUAGAUAAUUAGGGGAAUAGUCAAAAUUUACUGUUGAAAAAGCAGUUGCUAUGUGCUCUCUUACCCUGUUCUGUUCCAGUUUUGCUGGAUUUGUACAUAGCCAUUCUAGAAAUAGAGUUGAGGGAAAUUAUCCAUAUACAUAUCACUAAUAGGCUUCUUGGAAUUAUUUAGAAAAGCAUUUUUAAACUGGCAGUGGAUGACUGAAUAGGCAUCAUAUUUCUUUUUGUGUGUCAUUUAAAAGUAACAAAAACUCCCAUUUGACAGUAAAGGCUCUUGGCUUCUGUUGGAGGAAUGGGACAUUGUCUCUCAAUUUGUACAGUUUGUAAUUAUUGUAAUUUUUGUAAAUAAAUUUGUUUGUACAUUG